ACUUUUACAUUUGAUUUAAAAGAACUUCUUGAAGAGAAAGGAAUUUGUUUAAAACCUCGUUUAUCAUCUAGUAAAUCUUCACGACUUUCACCUUCUUUACUUGAUGUUUUGAAAAAAUCUGUAGCAUUAGGUUAUUUUUUAGACUUUCUUAAUGAACAUGGUAAAAAAAAUCUAUUAGAUUUUUGGUUAGAAGCAGAGACUUUCAGAAUGGUUUUAGAAAGUCAAUAUAAACGCAGUCAACGAGAUGCAUUAAAAAAAAGUUCUAUUGGUUUAAAAAAAGAAAUAAAUUAUGAUAGUAAAACUGAAGAAAUUCUGGAUCAUAGAAAGUGUUAUGAAAUAGAUGCAAUAAAAAAAAGUUCUGUUGGUUUAAAAAAAGAAAUAAGUUUUGAUAUUAAAACUGAGGAAAUUAUGGAUCACAUGAGGUGUUGCGAAAAAGAACUUACUGAAGAAAAUAAAAGUAAUAAUGAUGCUUGUUUGAACAAUUUUAUAAAUGAAAAUACAGAAAUUGCAUAUAAGAUACAAUCAUCCAGGAAUCAUGAUUUUCAUCAUUCUGACUCUCUAAAAACAGAAAAUCAAGAUUUUCGAAUGAGAACUAGAAGUUGUAUUGUGGAUGCUGUAUCAAUUUAUAAUAAAUACAUAUCACUCAACGCUGACAAUUAUAUAUAUUUGCCUCAACAAUGUCGUCAAAACAUUGAAGCGGCUGUUUGUGAAUAUAACAACUAUUUGGAGCCAAGCUGCUUUGUAAAUGCCCAAGAGUUUAUAUUUGAACAACUUUUGAGUUCUUAUGAUGAGUUUGUAUUAACCACUAAUAUGAUUGCAUAUCAGUUGCGAUUUCUACAAGAAAGAAAACUGCAUUUAAAAGAUGUGCUUUAUAAUGAUUCUAUUUUAUUCUACUUUACUGAGUAUCUUGAUCAAUAUGGUGGACGUUCAACACUAGAGUUUUAUUUUACUGCUGAACAUUUUGAAGAUGAUGUCAAUGAAAAACUUUCAAACUUUACAUAUAACAAAAAUGAAGUUAUUAAUGAUGCUAUUUUUUUAUAUGAAAGAUAUUUUUCAAUGAAGUGCAAACAGCAGUUAAUAAAGGAUGACAAAUUAAGAAUUGUUUUGGAGAAUAACAUAUGUCGUGAAGAAGGACCUCAAAGCAAUUGUUUUUGUAUACCAAUGGCAUAUGCUUGGACAGCUCUUUCUGAUGUUUAUCUCCCAAUGUUUCUUCAAAGUGCGAAUUACAAAAAAUAUUUUGAUCACUUAACCAACUCAUUGCAAAACUAUGAUUUAAAAAGUUUCUCUAGUCUAAGUUCCCUUUCUACUGAUGAAAGUUUAACUACCUCUUCAGAUUCAAAGAACAAUUUGGCUUGUGAAAAUGUUAUUGACUUUGGUUUAAAGCCUUGUCAUCAUGGAAGUAGAUUAGCCCUUGGUCAUAUAAAUGAAUUUGGGUUGUUUAGUUCAGCAAUGGAACCUUCAUUUUAUGAAGAAAAAACUUCAGUCUCCAAAUUUGGUAAAGUAGUAAGAAAUUUGUUAAGAGGAGAAGCCAAAGAGGAAACAGAACAACUUGCUUUAGAGAGAGCUAAAAUGAUCAUUUUAGAAAUACAAAAGCAGACAAAAGAUAAUCAGGGUGACAUCAGUCACAGUUUAUAAAAAUAAACCUUUUUUGUUUAUAAAUUAAAUAGUAAU